AUGGCGUCCUCUGGGUCCAGGCCUCAUGCAGGUGAGUCUCUUCAUCUGUCAGAGUUGAGGAUUGUGCUGCUGGGAUACGAAGAUGCUGGGAGGAGUUCAUCAGGAAACACCAUCCUGGGCAGAGAGGAGUUUGAUACUGUAGGAAUAACAGCUCAGUGUGUGAAGAGACAGGAAGAAGUAGCAGGAAGACAUGUCACUGUGGUGGAGACUCCAGGAUGGUAUGGGAAAUUUACUGUGGAUGAAACAUCCAAAAUUACCAAAGAAAAGAUUGAGCUCAGUGCAUCUCUGUGUCCUCCUGGACCCCACGCUCUACUGCUGGUCAUACGUGUGGAUAGAUCAUUCACUGACAAACUAAGAAGAUCGGUGCAGCAACACCUGGAGCUUCUGGGUGAGAGAGUGUGGAGUCACACUAUAGUGCUGUUCACCUGUGGAGACUGGCUGGGAGACGAACCCAUUGAGCAGCACAUUGAGAGGGAAGGAGAGAGUGUGCAGUGGCUGGUAGAGAAAUGUGGGAACAGAUAUCAUGUCUUCAACAACAAGAGGAGAGAUGACCACAUGCAGGUCACACAUCUGAUGGAGAAGAUAGAAGAGAUGUCAUUAACAUAA